AUGGAAUCAGGGAAACAAGGAAGCUCUGAUGCUUCGAGUGAGCGAAAUGAUCGGGUUGAUCAAGUCAAAGGCGACACCGCUGCAACCAUCAAGCGCUCCUAUGAGUGCAUCUUUUGCAAGCGAGGCUUCACCAACGCUCAGGCCUUAGGGGGACACAUGAACAUACACCGAAAAGAUCGAGCCAAGGCCAAGCAACCAACCAGUUCUUCAGUUCCGAUUGAGCCAAUGACUGAGGACUGCAUGAACCUUGGAUAUGUUUCACCAAACCCAACUGAACCAUCAAAGUACUACCCGGUUUUGGAGGUUGCUGAUCAAAGGAAUUAUCUCAUGUGUUUUCAGCCACCAGUGUCUAACCCUAGACUUCCGCAUGGUUAUUAUGAUUGUGAUUUUCUCCCCCCUGCCCGGUCGCAAUCUUUGACCACGAACGAAGAGCUUUUGGGUGCAAAUCUGAGCCUUCAAAUUGGCCCUACAAAUGUAGAUGAUAGUGAAGUGAGAAGGGAAAUCACGAAGGAAGAUGAAGUGGAUUUGGAGCUUCGACUCGGACACGAUCCAUAG